AGACUGUACAGAGCGGACUCCGGGAAACACAGGGACGAAGUAGAAGACGCUAACGCGUCCAUAUGAAAGAAGCUGGUACUAAUACCUUAUACGACCUAGGAUCCACAGCUUAUAAAAUAUGGCUGGAAAUCUAAACAUCUGUAAGAUUACCAUGCCUCGGCUCCCUACACGAAUGGCUUUGGCGGCGAUGGCGUGGCUCGGCUUCAUCAACCUGUAUAUGGUGAGGAUCAACCUCUCCGUCAUCAUCGUGGCGAUGGUGCGCCGCAAUUCCACUGUCGACAGGAGAGCUCCUUGCCUCUCCCCGUUCAACAAUACACUUGGUCUCGAGACAGAUGACAAUCCGCGCAUGACAGAAAACGAGGAAGGUGAGAUGAACUGGGACGAAACAAUUCAAGGUUUUGUGUUGGGCAGUUUCUUUUACGGUUACGCAGUGUCUCAGAUAAUUGGUGGUCGCGUGUCUGAGUUAUAUGGCACGAAAUGGGUUUUUGGAGGAUGCAUAUUUUCUGGAGGACUUUCUGCACUCUUAUCACCCGUUGCUGCACGUGCCCACUAUGGCGUCUUCAUUGCUCUUAGGAUCAUCCAGGGAAUAUGUCAGGGCAUGUCGUGGCCAUCCAUGCACGCUUGCAUCGCCCGUUGGAUUCCUCCUCUUGAGCGCCCUAGGUUCAUUGCCUUUGUUUACUUCGCUGCAGCACUGAGCACGUCAUUUACGAUGCCUCUGUGCGGCGCGGUCAUUGCGACGCACGGAUGGGCCGCGGCGUUUUAUGUAACGGGCGCCCUGUCUCUUGUAUGGUGUGUCCUCUGGUUCGGCUUCAUGCACGACUCGCCUAGGGAGCAUCCGAGAAUAACAUCAAAAGAACUGAAGUAUAUCGAGGAUGCUUUGCAAGAACAGGGGAGGAAUACCGAUUGUUCGCUGAAGCUUCCAGUGAGAAGCAUUGUUACCAGUUUGCCAGUGUGGGCAAUCAUAUUCGCAAAUGCAGGUAACACAUGGGGUCUGGCUGUUUUCAUUGCCCAACUGCCAACCUACAUGAAAAAUAUCCUCGGAUUCUCCAUCAAACAGAAUGGGUUUCUCUCAGCUCUCCCUUUUCUGCUGCGUUAUGUAGGCGCCAUUCUAUGGAGUAGUCUAGGAGAUUGGCUGACGACGCACAGAUAUCUCUCAAUCAGAGCAUCUCGCAGAUUAUUUAGUAUUCUAGCACUGUGGGGCCCAGCCACAAUGGUUCUUGGGGUCUCGUUUGCUGGCUGCAACUGGCAAGCAACCAUUGGUCUGAUCUGUCUCGCAUUCUUCUGCAACGGAGCUGUGACGGCUAGCAUCAUGGUCAAUCAUACGGAUAUUGCCCCAAAUUUUUCUGGGACACUCUUAGGGAUCGACAACACAUUCUCCAGCAUCGUUAGCUUUGUGGUUCCCGUCGUAGUGGGAGUCAUGACGGAUGGGGAACAAACCCUUGGUCAGUGGCAGAAAGUCUUUUGGAUAUGCGUCCCAAUGUACGCCUUCACGGAGGUAUUUUACCUCGCCUUCAGCUCCGGUUCCGUCCAGCCCUGGAACUACAGAGACGAGACCUCUGCUGACCAAGAGCUCUCAGCGAAGAAUGGGGAACAUAGCGAACUAAUUAUGCUUAGUGAUGAGCAAAAUGUCAAGAAAUGACAAUCUAUUUGGUUAGCCUUUAGCAGUCAAUCAUGAUUCUAGGGCAAAUGCUAGAGGAUGAUAUAUUGGUUAAUUUGGAGCUCGAUUUGUUUGGUUUUUCUUAGAUUUGAUUAGUUUAAUUUCAGCGGAGAUUAAGUCUAGUCUGGUCUAUGUUUGGUAAGGUUUAAAUAUUAUAUAAAUGUAGGCUGUGAUAGGCUAAACUGUAUAAAGUUUGGUCCUGCCAAAAUCACUCCUUCAUUCUGUAAGUCAGAUGUUAUGUCCAGCCUUCAACACAUUUUUAUGAAAGUAUUUCAUUAGAUGUAUGUAAUAGAAUAAGUGUAAACAAUCAGUGCCUUUAACAAAACUCUGAAAUUACCCAAUUUCUCAAAACAAAUAUGUUUCCAUCGUUGUAGCUUUAACAUUGUACCAGUCAACAAUGACAGGAAAUAACCUAUAAUUAAAAUGUAAGCUUUCAUCCAC